GAGCCCCCCAUUCUCAAAUGAGGCUGCGCGCUCCCGCCGCAAGAGAAGUGAACGCGCUGGAGGGGCUGCGGUCCCAUUGACGGUUCCGUCUCCCUGACAGCAGCAUCAGCAUCACCGGCGGCGCUGGAAAACAAGAAGUCGCCGCCUCGUCACACAGCCAGCCCACCGGACCGAGCGGAGACCUGAGCCGCCUUACAGGGGACCCCCCCCCCCCUCUCUGCCUGGCCUGAAGGAAGGAAGCGAGAUCCCCCUCCCGUGUGUCAUCAUCCCGACCGACCACCGGAGAUAGGCUAUGGGCUCCCCGUAAAACGGAGGUGGCGGAGGGGAGACGCGGGCGGUGGGAGGGGGGUGGGGGGAGAAGACAGCGGAGCAGCAAGAGGGAGAAGGAGAGGCUGAAAACGGCAACCGGGAACCGAAGCACUAUCACCGUCACCGCUGCUACUACUACCGGAGCUAGCACCGAAACUGCUGCUGCUGCUGCUGCCGCUGCCGCCGCCGCCGCCGCCCUGGGUGCCCUCCGCCACCGCAAUGGGAACUCCGCAUCAGUCGCUCCAACCGCCGCUUUGUCUGUGGGCCAUGUCGUGAUCCGUGGGCUCCGCCAGCGGGUUUUCUAUCCGUGAUCCCGACCGAGGCGAGGAGGAGGAGGAGGAAGAGGAGGAGGAGGAGGAGGAGGAGGGAGGGAAGGUGGUGGUGGUGGUGGGGAAGAUGUUCGCCUCGGUGGGCCCUCGGGGCGGCCCGCGCCCACCCGUAGCCCCGACCAUCCCGGAGCCGGACCUGAGCCAUCUGACGGAGGAUGAGAGGAAGAUCAUCAUGGCUGUGCUGGCUCGGCAACGGGAGGAGGAGGCGAAGGAGGAGGCCAUGUUAAAAGAAGAGAAGCCUAUCCAAGCAAGAACGGUGAACCUGGUCGGGCAGAAAAAACCUCCGCAGCAAAACGACGUCCGAGGUAUCCAGCAGCAGCUGUCCAGCUACAGGGAGACGGUGAUCCGGCAGGCCACAGUGGCGGCGGGCUCGGCCGUUCACCGGGACGACGCGCCAACCUGCGGCAUCUGCCACAAGACCAAGUUCGCAGAUGGCUGCGGGAACCUGUGCUCGUACUGCCAGACCAAGUUCUGCGCCCGCUGUGGGGGGCGAGUCUUCCUGCGAUCCAACACGGAGGACAAAGUGGUGAUAUGGGUGUGUAAUAACUGCCGGAAGCAGCAGGAGAUCCUGACCAAGCCAGGUGAGUGGUUCACUUGUCCGGCUGGGAAACUUGCUGGCCUCGGUUCAGCCGUCAGCGAACCAUCUGUGUGCCAAACGCCCGGUGACAAGAAGCUCCGGUCUCGCUCCCAAGCACCCCCGGGCUCCAUCACAGCAAUCCAAGACCCCAACCGACCCAGUGCACCCGGGACCACACCUGGCACAGACGCUCGGUCACGUAGCGAGCCACCACGAGAUAUGAAAAAUGGAAGGGGAGGCGGAGGAGCUGGUCGGGGAGAGCGCCGGCCAGAUCAGCCCAGACUGCAGACCCAGGUCUCCAUGGACCGGGACCUCCGGGGGGAGUCCAGGGAGCGCAGGGAAAGCCGGCGGCUGACAAAGGGACGCUCUCUGGAGCAUGAUCCUGUGGGAGGAGGUGGUGGAGUAAGACGGACAGAAGAGGGGGGCUACCACCACAUGGACCACAGCGGAGCCCCCCUUCGCCAAACAGGGCCGGUCCCUCCUGGAGGGCGGGGCCACCCUGUGCUCAUGCAGGGUCAUGGCAUGGGCGUAUUAGGGGAGGUCGGGGAUGGCGUGCGGCCUGGUCAGAGGACUGUAGGUGGGGUUGGCGGGCCACAUGAACACACCCUUGCUCAGCAAGCCCCUCCCCCCGAACUCAGAGAGCCUCCCGGUUUGGGCCCUGGCUCAGCCCCCGGCCAGGGACCUGUAGUGAGACGGACCAAACGGGAGAAGGCUGAGAGCAUGCUGCGCAAUGAUUCGCUAAGCUCUGACCAAUCGGAAUCUCUACGUCCGCCACCGCCGAGGCCGUACAAGUCGAAACGAGGGCUGGGGGCCGGGGGGAAGAGGCAAACCAGCAUCAGCAGUUCAGAGGAGGAGGGAGGGACCACGCCUGAGUACAGCAGCUGUGAGGAUGCUGAGAUCGAAAGUGUCAGCGAGAGAGGCGACUGGGAGUGCUACCCACAUGACCCCACUGUAUGGCAUCAUCCUGUAACCUGGCAGCCGUCCAAGGAGGGAGACCAUCUAAUUGGACGAAUCACCCUCAGCAAGAGGAGUUCCGCCAUGCCUAAAGAAGCCGGGGCUCUGCUGGGAUUAAAGGUGGUGGGAGGCAGAAUAACAGAGUCAGGGAGAUUAGGUGCCUUCAUCACUAAAGUCAAGAAGGGAAGCCUGGCUGACGUGGUGGGACAUCUCAGAGCAGGGGAUGAAGUUUUGCAGUGGAACGGGAAGCUGUUACCCGGGGCGACCAUGAAGGAAGUUUACAACAUCAUCCUGGAAUCUCAAGCUGAACCUCAAGUGGAGCUGGUGGUAUCCAGGCCUAUUGGGGUAUAUAGAAAAUAUCAUGAUAUCCCAAGAAUCCCCGACACGUCCCACCCUCCAUUAGAAUCUACAGGUUCCAGUUCUUUUGAGUCCCAGAAGAUGGAGAGACCGUCUUUAAAUGUCCUGUCUCCCUCCAGUCCCGGGAUGCUCCAAGAUGCUCCGCAGUUAAUGCCAGGGCAACUCUCAGUGAAGCUGUGGUAUGACAAAGUGGGUCAUCAGCUAAUAGUCAACGUGCUGCAGGCUGUAGAGCUUCCACUUCGGACUGACGGACGGCCGAGGAGCCCCUACGUUAAAAUGUACUUCCUCCCUGACCGCAGUGAUAAGAGCAAACGAAGGACAAAAACAGUAAAGAAGACCUGCGAGCCCAAGUGGAACCAGACGUUCGUCUACACUCAUGUCCAUCGCAGGGAUUUCCGCAACCACAUGCUGGAGCUGACUAUAUGGGACCAACCCAGGUCACCAGAGGAGGAUAGCAACUUUAUGGGAGAGAUCCUGAUUGAGCUAGAGACGGCCUUACUAGACGACAAGCCUCACUGGUAUCCACUCCAAACCCAUGAUGUCUCAUCCAUACCGCUGCCCCGACCCUCCCCGUACCUGCCCCGACGACACACAGACAUACCUGGCAAUAAGCUGCAGCCAGCGGAUGGGCGUGGAAGGGAGAGGCAGCGGGAGCCCACGUCUACCCUGGAGGUGCCGGAGCAGCAGAGGAUGCCCACCCAUCACAUACGUUCCCGCUCGGUCUCCCCACGCCGUGAGGAGCAGGGACGAAUCCGGUCACGGCCACCCAACGUUCCCACCCAGAGGAGUCUGGAUGAUGAGCUUCCUCACGCUCGUCGUUCUCGUUCUCCGACCCGCCACUAUGAUGCUGCAAGAGGUCGCCACCAGGAGGAGGAGUACCUGGAUGACAGUGAGGUCAUCAUGAUCCACCAGUCAAUGCGAGGCAAAAGUGCUGAGUGCCUCCACACCAGGAGAUCUACUAGGCACAAUAACACACUGCCACCUAAGAUGCCACUUUUGUUCAACGGUAUCCACAAACACACAAACAGUGAUCUACAGCCUUCUCUGGACAGGGUUAGGAGCGCUAGUGCCAACUGUCUGACUCCAGACAAUCAUGCCCCCUCACCAGAGACUGAAAGAAAAUCUUUGUCCCAUUCCCUGCCCCGGAGACGUCCGGCAAGUCCCAGGAUUCUUAUCCAACAUGCUUCCCCUGAAGAUGACAGAAUAUGGAUGCUACUUCCUACUCAAGAGACUUUAAUUCACCUCAGUACAAAGAACAGGCAGCCUCGGACCCUGGAGACAUCUGAAUGUCAGACUCUUGGCAGGAAGCUCUCUGACAGUGGCAGGGGCCACCUCCUAGGUGGUUCGUCUCUUUCCUCCUCAGUGACGUCCUCCUCAGCCCGCAGAGUAAGGCAACUCCCACAGCUUCCCCCCAAGAGCAGCACCGUAGAACAAGCCCUGGUAGCAGAGGAGUGUGUUCGUCAGCUCCAGAUGAGGGUUCAUUCCAACCGGGUGUCAGCUGCCACCACCUCCAGUACGCAGGACCUGGACCGAGCCCUCAAGAAUAAACGGGAGCUCUACAAGGACCAGAGGAGGAGCAAUGAGAACGUUUCCCAUAAGUCCUCAGACAGUGAUGUCAGCGACGUGUCAGCCAUCUCUCGAACCAGCAGUGCCUCUCGCAUCAGUAGCACCAGCUACAUGUCCAUCCAGUCAGAGAGACCCCGGGGACGCUUCAGCAGGGCCAUGCGUGCAACGGGCCGUCACAUGAUGAAGAGCACCAGCGUGAGUGGUGAGAUCUACGGCAUGGAGCACACAGACGGCAGCCAAUCAGACACGGCGCUCGGGAGCCUGGGAAGCGGGAUCAAGAAGCGCCGAUCGAGCCUCAGCCAGCGUGUUGUCGCCAUCCUGCCAUCCAGACGCAGCCGGAGUACCUCGCAACUCAGCCAGACAGAGGCGGCGGGUAAGGCGGCGGACAGACAGAAAGAGGCAUCAGCAGGUAAGAAGGUGGGUAAGGCCGGCGGCAGCAGCAUCCAGAGGAGCGUGGAGACGGGCAUGGCAGUGGAGUACCCACGGGGAGGGUCAACCAUGAACCGGCAGGCCAGCAGAGAGUCGACAGAUGGCAGCAUGAACAGCUACAGCUCUGAGGGGAAUCUGAUCUUCUCAGGUAUGCGGUUGGGUGCCGACAGUCAGUUCAGUGACUUCCUGGAUGGUUUAGGUCCCGGUCAGCUGGUUGGCCGGCAAACACUGGCAACACCUGCCAUGGGUGAUGUUCAGAUCGGUUUGAUGGAUAAGAAAGGCCAGCUGGAGGUGGAGGUGAUCAGGGCACGAGGCCUUACCCCCAAAUCAGGCUCCAAAUCCCUCCCAGCCCCCUAUGUCAAGGUGUACCUGCUGGAUAAUGGAACUUGUAAAGCCAAAAAGAAAACCAAGAUUGCACGAAAGACCCUGGAGCCGCUCUACCAGCAGCACCUGCUCUUUGAUGAGAGUCCCCAGGGCAAGGUGCUUCAGGUGAUAGUAUGGGGCGACUAUGGACGACUGGACCACAAAUGUUUCAUGGGUGUAGCACAGAUCCUAUUGGAGGAGCUGGACCUCUCAAGCACGGUGAUUGGCUGGUACAAACUGUUUCCGCCGUCCUCAUUGGUGGACCCUACAUUAGCUCCGCUCACGCGGCUGGCGUCUCAGACGUCAUUGGACAGCUCAGGACCGCCACCGGGCGUUCGGUCCUAGUGACCGAAUGGCGAACGCAAACCCCCCCAAUAUCCCUUAAAAAAAAAAAAAAAAUGGACCACAGCUACUGGACAAGAACUGAGCAGAGGGCGAGUACACGGCCCAGGGACGACAACGAGAAGCCCUUGGUCAACCAAUGAAAAGCCAGACGGAGCGACAGGGAAUGAGAGAGAGAAAGAGAGAGGGAGAGACAGAACUAGCCAAUCAAAGCUUAGCUGGAGUCUGACAAUCACGUCUCACACCUUCCCUCUUCCUCCUCCUUAUGCCUUUUUGUUUUCAAAGCUUUGCCUUCUUUGUUUCCUUCUCUGAGCUGCAGCUUUGAGGUUUCUGUCCAGCAUUCUUCAUUUCUCGCCACUGUUUUUCUUUCUUUCGUUUCUCCUUACUUUCUUGUGCAGUCCCUAUCAGAGCACCCGAUCAAAGUGGAGUCACCUCCACCUCGUAGCCCUCCAGUCAAUCAUAGUUAGAGCUUACUGCAAGGCCACAGGGAUGAGUGGUGUAAACAAAGUGUGGGGGUUAGUAAGCAGCAAACUGAGGCAACUUCGUGCAGCUCUACCGUCACGUAGAGGUUGGCUGUUGUCUCUGCCGGUGUUACCAUGGUAACAGUGUCGUAAAUGAGCUCAAGGGGCAGUGGUUUGGCACGGUUUGGUAACCUCUUUAAGUGAAGGGAGCUUGCACAUGCACAUUCUUAGCCUUGUUGUUGAUAUAUGAAAGCAAGCACAAGAAAAGCUUGACUCCUUUAUUUGGGCGGAGGCAACAAAAAGUUUUGCUCUUUGUCUAAACAAAGAGGAAAGAAAAUAGAGGCCAAAUUGACUAUUUGCUUUUUAUUUUUUUCAUUUGGGAUCAUUUUUUUCUGUCUUUGUUUUGAGUUCAGAAUGGUACCGUAAGGUGCAGACUCCCUCUGUGUACAUGUAUGUUUGGUUUUCGAGCAAUGGUGCACCAAAGGCCGAUGUGGAGGUCAGGUCACAUUCAACCGAACACCCUUUGCCUCAACCCUCCCCCUACCCCCCCCCGGUCUCCCCUUCCUGACCUCUCAAACUCCCCCCUGUAGGAGGGAGCAGCAUGACUCGGGGACGCCCCGCCCUGGCCCCAAGCUGCAUGCACGUUUCUUUUGUUCUGUUUGUUUCGUUUUUUGUUUUGUUCUCUACUUUUUUGUAAAAUAGAAGACGAGACAAAUUAACGAACAAUUCUCAAAAAAAAAAAAACAAAAACAGGAAAAAAAGACUAGACUAUGUGUGUUAGUUCCACAUACUUUUAGGCCAGCUUGUAUGUUGCAUGUUCUUGUACAGUUUGCUCGUACUGAAUAUGAAUACAAACCGAGAAAAGCCAAGCCAUCCCCGCCCCCUAACAGGAGCGGACCAAUAGGGGGGGAUCAACUCCACCCAGGCCACGCCUACCACUCUGGGUCUAAAUAUACAUAUUAAGAAGUCUCCGGAAAAAAAAUUCUCUUUGUUUCAGUUUUUUUCUUUGAACCCUUUGAACAACAGUGCUGUUCUGUAGUACUGAGCAUACUCGAGCCCCCGGUGUAUCUGAGGGUGUAGGUGUCUAAACAGUAGUUUAACACAGUUGGGGCUAGAGACAGAGAUAGAGAAUGUGUGUAUAACAGCUAAAUGUAUAUGAAGUAUCAUUAUGAGUUUGACAGAAAUUAUAAAGAUAUAGAUAUAUGAAUAUAAAAAUAGAGUGUAUCUGACUGUACACCCGUCACCAACACACACACACACACACAUGCACACCUUGUACAUACAAACCAGGAUGAGCGGCUUGAACUUAUUAGUUAUGAACAAACAAAACAUCGCUGACACACAAACAUUCCUGGUCUUGUUAAAGGGAAAUUGCGUCCUGUGGAUGUGCUCGAGCCGCUGAGCGGCCCUGAGCCACAAAGGGCGCUAAUAGGCCUUUAUUUUUGUCCCAGUUGCAGAAAAACAAGAAGAACCAAUUGGAACAAAGUUCUUUCUUCUCCUUAAAUCCCUUUCCCCUGUUAUUACUAUUGGUUUGGACUGGACUUCUAAAGCCAAUGAGAAAUCUGAUUUUGCAGACAUAUUUUGCGGAUGUUUCUGUUGAAACCCUUGGCGGUGUGGCCGACUGCCCUUUCCUUUGUCAGUAUUACUCCAGGAAUACUGAUUGUUUACAGCCCAUGGCUCCCCACUCCCAAACCACGAUUUUAGCCGAAAGACUAAGUAUUCACUGCAACAGUUCUUGUUUGUAUAACAGAUGUGGCUCUACUGAUGUGUAUGUUUUAUAUUCAAGAGUUCAUUUUUAUUAUUUACAAAUAAAAGACUGUGUGGAAGAAGA